AUGGCGAACCCCCAACAAGCCCUACAGAGAAUGACCGAGGAGUUCACCACCCUCCAGAAAGAAUUGAGCUCUGUUGUGGAGGCCCGGCAGACGCUGGAGAGCCAGCUGCAGGAGAACCAGUCGGUGCAGAAGGAAUUCUCGGGCCUGGACGACGACGCAAACAUCUUCAAGCUUAUCGGGCCCGUGCUCGUGAAGCAGGACAAGUCGGAAGCGAUCAUGGCGGUGGGAGGACGGUUGGAGUUUAUCGAGGCGGAGAUAACGAGGACCGAGGAGAAGAUCAAAAACAUCCAGGAGAAGCAGGAGAAGAAGAAGAUCGAGAUCAUGCAGCUGCAGAACAUGGUGGUGCAGCAGCAGCAGCAGCAAGCCCAGGUAGCCGCGUGA